UUUCAGUGGUGUCUGGUUGCUGCUGAAGUUCAAACAUAAUACGUAAAAAUGACCAAGCUGCAGCUUCUGCACCGCGCGCUGAACGAGCGUCUGAUGGCGGCGGUGGAGCAGAUCAUGGAGAUGGUCGGCUGUACGGUGCUGGAGUACGAAGAGGAGACGGUUCGGGUGCGGAAAGAAAACGAGGUUCUGAGACGGAGGCUCCGAUGGAUGGAGGGCGCAAAUCCAGCGGAUUGGCAAGGCCCAUCAGAACCUGUUUUGUUUACCACCCUGGAUAAGUCCAAUCCAUCCCAGCAAGAGGAGAGUACUGUCAGCUUUAGAUUUGAACUGCAAUCAGAAGAUCUUGUGAUCAAAACGGAGUCCAAUGAUCACCCAUUGAAUGUUAGACCUGAAAGCAGCCUUGCCACAUUACCUCAAAGCACUGAUCAGGGAUCUGCCAUAGUUGGGACGAGUGCUGGUAUUAACUUUAGCCUGACAGACGGCAUGACCUGGGACUCCAACCAAAGUUACAUGGCCCCUCUGGACUUUGAUCCAACUUCAAACAGCAGAGUCAUGAGUUGGAAAGAGGGUUCCAGAAGACAAAGGAUGUCCUUUGCCUGUCCAGAUUGUGGUAAAGUCUUUGGAAGUAAACAGAGGCUGAUGUUUCAUAUGCGCAUCCAUUCCACCGAGAGGCCGUAUGCGUACCGCAGGCGCAAAGCAUGCUUCUACGGUGACAAAAAAAAAAGAAAGAAUAAACUGCCUGGUCUCUCACAGCUAUCAAGAAAAAUUGGGGAUGAUCUGUCAGAUGGGUCUGAGCAAACGAACGGGAGUAGUGCAUUAGCUGAACAUCUGGCUAUUACAGGGCCAGAACAAGACCAAGACAGCCCAACUACCGAAAGUGACACUAGUACUGAUAAAGAUCCAGAGAACAGUACUGCCAACCCUGUGCAUCUUGUACACCAACAAAAAGGAAAAAAGCGAAUGCCUUGUUGCCCUCAUUGCAGUCGGGUGUUUAUACAGCCCGGUCGGUUAGCAGCGCACAUAAAGAGACAUUUGAUGGAAGCAAGGAGACAUCCUGUGAAACUCCCAAACACACAUUCAAGGAAUGAGAUGGUGGAUGAGAAGAGGAAACUACCCAAGAAGCAAAGGAUCGGAAAUGAUGCUGUGGUGAAGGACAAAGCAAAAAGGCUUAAGAAGAACAUGCCAGGCCAGAAUAAGCUGUCCAAAGGAAAAACAAAGGAGGCAGACCCUAAAAACAGUGGAAGUACAAAAGUACAUAGUACGAAAAGUGUGAAAGUUCAAAUGAAAAUAUUUCCCUGCCCUCAUUGCGAUAAAGUGUUUUCUCGUGAAGGAUGGCUGGGGCCACACAUUCAGAUGCGUCACUUUAAAGAGAAUAGUAUUAGUUACUUUGAUAGCUUGCCUAGCAGUGGCCUGAGGAAGACACGGCGACCCUUGGACAAGGGCACACCUGAUGCAGAGGGAAUAUCUAAGGAGUCAAAACAAGAAAAUAAAUCCAACCUGAUCGUUAGUGUGCCCAAACUAAAUAUAAAUGAGGCAGUACCGAGUACAGAUGGAAAUAAAAUAGUAACAGAGUCAAAGAGAGCUCCCGAGGAAUCAAAAAAAGAUGCCUCAGACUUUGAAAGAGAAACAUCAGGUGCUGAAAGUCAGAUGAACACGUUUCCUUGUGAAUUAUGUAACAAAACAUUUCUGAGGAAAUGGAGGCUGAAGAAGCACAAGAGGACGCAUAUAGCACAAAAUCUACUACUGCACAGAAGAAGAAAACGAAUGUUGAUGGAUGAGGAAAAUCUAAUGAAUACUGAGCUUAAGCAACAAAAACAAGAAAGCAGAGAAGCAAAGAAACCGAGUGAGGAGGAGGAAACGCUUGAUGUCAAGGGGUCAACAAAUAAUACACAGCCAAUUAAAACGCAAUCAAUGGAAGAUGCUGAAAUGAUGGUAAAGAACAAGUCUGGCUGUUGUGUCUGUAAAUAUUGUGGCAAAAUCUAUACCCGUAUGAAGUGGUUGAAGAAGCACAUAAGUGGACAUCGAAAUGAAAAGCUUGUUGCCAGAAAUGAACAGUCUGAAACUGAUAAGAUGCAGAGCAAUGAAGGAAACACCAAUAAACCGAGCAGCAAAUCCAGAGGUCAAGGAUCAUUUCCCUGCCCAUUUUGUGACAAAGUUUUCACUAGAGAAAUGCGGUUGUUGAUGCAUAUGCAGAUUCAUUCUGGUGAGAAACCGUACUCCUAUCGGCAGCGGAAGGCACAGUUUUAUGGUGACGUGCGUUGCAGACUCCCGAGAAUCCAUAAUCAUGAGGUUUCCACAAUUCUGCCAUUAAGUGGAAACAGGGAUGAGUCUAAAGAAUCUGCGGGUGAAGAAACUAUAAAUGAGGACAAAUCUGCACAUCUGAGCACCAGUGCAACUGAUCCAGUAUCUCAAGAUCUCUGUCAACCAGAGUCUGCACUGCAGGCCUGUACUGGCAGCCUCCUACCUCAGACAGUUACUGGGCAGCCUAAUCAAAGAACCGAAUCAGAGUUGGCCAGUGAUGUCAUAAGCCACAUCAAUUUGCAGCCCAGGAUUGUUCUAGAACCCAUUAUGACUGAAUGCAAGUACUUGAGCACAGUGUCUGGGGUAGGUGAUGUCAAAGCAGACAGUUCUGAAAGAAGUGGCUUUGAUCUUGAACAAACCUCAUGUCCAGCAUUGAUUGAUGAUGAAAUGGGUGAUGUUAUGAAUGAUCAAAUUCCGGGUUACAAGCCUGGUGUAAGCUACGAUGGUAUUUCUGAGACAGACAUUGUCUGUGUGGAGGUUGGAACCCUACAGAAGGUAUCUCAAUCAGAAGUAGAGCUUAACAACUCAGUAGUCCCAAAGGCCACUGAAUCCUCUGUGGGUAAUAACACAAAGAGACCACAAAAAGUGGUUUCAGAGAACAAGAUGCAAGUGAUAGUAAUAGAUGAUGAACCAGAACAGUCAUCAACCCAAACAAGCAGCUUGGAAUCAGCCAGUUCAGAGCCAAUAACUGCUACUAAAAAUGCCCUGUCUGGAUGCGGAAAGACUAAUUGGGAUUGUGAAGAGAUCUCUGCUAUGAAGUUAUCUGUUAUGGAACCAACUCCAGUUUUAGAGUCUACGGUCAGAGAAACCACUUCUGGUGCCAUGCAGAAAAACAUUGAGCCAGAUCUUUUUGUUGUCCUCUCAGACAGUGAAGAUGAUGUUGUUGAUAUGUUGAGUCCCUCUAAAAGUUUAGAUAAAAAGAAAACUGCCUCAGUGGCUAGCAUAUCAAAAGAACAUUUGGAUGCUAGCAGAACUGUCAUUCCUGAAUCAGUGAUGAAGGCUCCAAAUAAGAACUCCCAAAUUCCAGUUCCAGCUGCAAAGGAAUCCAUAACGAAAGAUCCUACAGCUAUUGACAGUGCCUCACAACAAACUGAUUCUGAUGCUGACUCUGAUGUUGAGUUUGUACCUAAUGAAAGAAAUGAUCAGAGUAUCUCUAAUGACCUACUCCUCAGAGACCAGAUGACCUCUGCUGGCAUCAAACAAACAGAGGACCUCUCCAUGACUCAGAGGAAGGAGAUGAAAAUAACUGGUUUGAUAUUUGCUGGCCAAGAAUCUCUAUCGCAGCAUAUGCAAGGUCAUACUGAUAAGAAAAUGCUAGACAUGAAGAUUGUCUUUGGUGAUGAGAGAAAAAAUAAGAAACGAGGUGUAAACGAACAGUCAUUCACAGACAAGGAUGCAUUCUGUUCAAGCUCAUUUGAAAAAGCUCCAGAGGGCCCUGAAUGCCAAACCAAUUCAAGUGAUGAAACGUCCAGAUUGUUCAAGAUAUAUUACUGCAUUUACUGCAAGAAACCACAUUAUAGAAUGAUUGCACAUCUCCAGUCUGCUCAUCCUAGUGAACCAGAGGUUGCAAAAGCUCUUAGCUUUGACAAGAGCUCAAAAGAAAGGAGACAGCUCUUGAGUCUUCUCCAAACCAAGGGAAAAGUUCUACGCAACACAAAUGUGGUUAAAAAUUGUAAUCAAGCUGUAAAACCGUUUGCAGUAUCUAGCUCAUUUGACGACCGUGUUAAUUGUAUCGACUGUUUAGGGUUAUUUAGCAAGAAGUCUUUUGAUACACAUUUAGAGCAGUGCCAGGGCAAAUGUCCUCAAAAUGCUGAGACUAGCGGUAAUGAAAUGACUCCCACUACUGAAAUAAAGGCUGAUCACGAAUCAACAAACUGCUCAAAUGAAGAAGUAAGUCUCUCACAGUGUAAUGUUGAUCAAGAACCAACAUCAGAGAUCAGCUGCAACACAGCUUACCCAAACCGUGACUGCAUCCUCAGAAGUCCUGGUAAUGAUUUCAGCCCACCUCAGAAUGCCCAAACGGUGUGUGAUGUCCCAAGUAACAGCUGUGUAAAAGCACAAACACAUGAAACGUGGAGGAGAGGGAGGAGGAGAAAGAUGACGUCCUGUCUUCAAAAUCAGACACAGAGGAAAGAGAGUUCCACUUUGAAGAAGCAGGUCACAGUAGACAAGACACAUGCUAACGUAUGACAGCCUGAAGACACUCAAAGAUCAAUAGAAAGUUUUAAUGUUAUUUUAGUGUUAUGUUUUUAAAAAAGCAACAUGUAUUGUUUGUUUUGUAAAUAUGUUUUACAGUGGAUUUAAUAGCCGUCUUAAUCUGAUAUGUUAUAUACUUUUAUGGAAUGGUUCAUUUCAGCCCUGCUGUAUUGUGUAAAUCAUACAUAGCAUAUUUUUAAAUGGUUCACAUCAUGUUCUAUCGAUGGCAUUGAAAAAAAAAAAAGCCCCCAUUUGAUUUUAUGACAUAAAAUAGUUCUUAACAAGAAUUAAAAAAAAUAAACAUUUUGGAAACGUUGCCAUAUGGCAACUAUUUAGGACAAUGGAAAGUGGUCCAAAAACAUGUUUUUCAUAAAUAAAAUAAUU